CUGAAGGAGGAACACAGCUUUGAUGUGCAGUGUAGUAACACAGAGGAAGGCCAAGCACAGGUGGAUUCGGAGGAUGUGGAGAGAGAGAGACGUUAAGGAGGAGGAGGAGGAGAGAGACGUUACCCAGCAGGGACAAAUUGAGGAAGAGAAGAUAAUGGAUUCUAAUGAGGAUGCAACUGCACCUGAGGAGAGAAGCAUCACAACUAAUGAUGCUUAUCCAUCUGCGGUUCAGCCAGCCUCCACAGAGCCCACAGCAACAAAGGCUCACAUGGGAUUCCAUCAGCACUUACUUUCCACCUCCAGGAUCCAGAUGGAGAUGAUGCCAUUUUAUGAGUACAUUAUGGAUCUCAGUGAGGAGGAAUGGGAAUCUUUUGCUGAUGCUAUGCACAACCCUGUGACAAAGGCACAAUUUCUCACAGUGUGUGUAAACGUAGCUAAACAUGUUACUUUGAGUGCACUAAAAAUCAUCACACCAAGCCUUGCCAGAAGCCUAGGAGAGGACUCAGAACUGUUGAAGGCACCAGACGAGAGCCAGGAUAUCAUCGAAGUUAAUAAGGGGGUAUUGACCAAGGUCAUUCAUAAAGCAGGUAGCAGGUCAUCUCUAAGAUCCUGUGAUGAGCCACCCAUGAGCUCACACAGUUCUUCUGGAAAGAGGUCCAGCACCUCCCUGCAGACUACUUUAGUACCCCAGCAUGGCAUCACAAAGGAACAUAUCCUGCACAAUGUCCAGAGGAGUCUUACUAAAUUGAAUGAAGCUGGCUUGACUCCAGCUUCAGAAGAAUGGAUUGACACCAUUGUGACAGAAGUCACACAUACAAUAGCUUCAACCUUUACCGAGACCAGGCCAGAUCUGCAAAACUCAUCAAGAUGUGCACUUUCACUUCAAAAGACCAAGAGCAUUGAACUGAUGAAAAAUAUUUCUUUGAAGUUGAAAUCAUAUAUGGAUCAACAACAUAAACCCUCAAAAACCCAGGCUUCUUGUGGAAGACAAUUCCAUACUGGUCUCAACUACUGCAGAGGCAAUGGCUACCAUCAUACACGAAAUGGAAACAUGUUUGGAUGGAAAUGAAAAGAACCAUACUGCUAAAAAACUACUAACGACCAUGAAGAGGGCUGUUAAAAUUCUGGCUUGCCAAAGUGUUUCUUCAAACCAUAUUCCUGCUCUUGAUACUGAUGACCUUGGUGAGCUUGACGUUUGU